AUGUCCUCAUCUCUCCCUCCCACACCCACCCUAUCCGCCUCCCACUCCGGUAUACCCUCUCGUCUCCUCCCUAAAGCUACAAAAGCCAAGUCCCUCAUCUAUGCCGGCAAAACUACCCCCGAUACCAUUCCACGGACACGCGGUCUCGCUCUUCCGCAAGGAAUAUCAAAACCCGCAUUCCUCUCCGCCAUAUCCUCCCUCCGCGCCAUCCUAGGAGGCGAAAAUGUUGAAAUCAAUGACGGUGAGCUCAAGAAUGGCUGGUACAUGGAACACCCGAAUACACAUGAUAUGAUGCCGAUCCUAAGCUCCGAAGAAUUCGUUGCAUCAGCCGUGGUAUAUCCGGGGAGCGUUUCGGAAGUCCAAACGAUUACCCAAUGGGCAAACCAACACCUGAUUCCCAUUUCCCCAAUAUCCUUAGGCCGAAAUCUCGGCUACGGCGGAUCUGCGCCCCGAGUCCGCGGCUCAGUGACCAUAGAUCUUGGACGCAGGAUGAAUAAGAUCCUCGACAUCAAUGCCGAGGAUUUCACAUGUCUUGUGGAGCCCGGUGUUACUUUUUACGCUCUGUAUGAGGAGAUCCAGCGCAGAGGACUAGGAGAUAAAUUGUGGAUUGAUUGUCCAGAUUUGGGUGGUGGGAGUGUGGUCGGGAAUACGUUGGAUAGAGGUGUUGGAUAUACGCCGUAUGGAGAUCAUUGGGCGAUGCAUGCGGGACUUGAAGUUGUGUUGCCACAAGGGGAGGUAGUGAGGACAGGGAUGGGGGCCCUUCCGGGGAAUAAUACGUGGCAGAGUUUUCCGUAUGGGUUUGGGCCGGUUAGUGAUGGGAUAUUCUCCCAGUCUAACUUCGGUAUUGUGACGAAAAUGGGGAUGACGCUUAUGCCUAAUCCCGGAGGGUAUGAAUCUUUUAUGUACACCUUCCAAAAUGAAUCCGACCUUGCCCCACUCAUCGAAAUAAUCCGUCCACUUCGAAUAUCGAACAUCCUCGAGAACGUCGCGCAAUUGCGCCAUGGUCUUCAAACUAUCUCUGUAAAAGGUCUCCCGCGAACAACGUACUACUCGGGCAGCGGCCCAAUUCCCGAAUCCAUCAUCCACGAAGAGCUCAAAAAGACCCCGACCGGAGACUGCACCUGGGUAUACUACGGAAUGACGUACGGCCCUCCACAUAUCAGGAAGUAUAAAACCGAUAUCAUCGACGCCGAGUUCCACAAGAUCCCUGGGUGUCGCAAGAUUGAUCCAUCGACACUCCCUACAGAUGAAUAUUUCUGGUCGCGCGAUAAAAUCGCCGCCGGAGAACCGGAUCUAGAGGAGUUGCUUUGGACGAAUUGGGUGCCAAAUGGAUGUCAUAUUGCUUUUAGUCCUGUUUCACCGAUCCGUGGAACCGAUGCUAGUAAGUUGUAUGAGUUGGCGAAGAAUAGACAUGCGGAGGCUGGGAUUGAUUUGAUGCCUGCGUUUUGUGUGGGGCUAAGGGAGAUGCAUUUGAUUGUGGAAAUCGUGUUUGAUGGGAAGGACGAAGGGAUGAAAAAGAGGGCAGAGAAGUGUUUGAGAGACAUGAUCGAUGACGCUGCGGCCCUCGGCUAUGGUGAAUAUCGCACCCACCUUGCGCUCAUGGAUCAAGUCGCAUCGACAUAUUCCUGGAACGACAACGCACUCAUGAAACUCAACGAGAAGCUCAAAGACGCCCUCGACCCGAACGGGAUUCUAGCCCCUGGUCGGUGUGGUAUUUGGCCAAAGAGGUAUCGUGGAAGAGGAUGGGAGAUGAUGCAAACAGGGGCUGGGAGUAGUGAGGGGAAUGGUGUAGCACCUAGCCCAGGUGAAGCAAAGAUUUGA